GAUUUGGAAACUCAUGUUGACUGUCCAAAAUAUGAAAUUUGGCAUCUUUUUUCUGUGGUGGGGAUGGGUUUUGGAUACUGAAAGCAGAGUGCACUGGCCAGGAAGAGAAGUACACGAGAUGUCUAAGAAAGGCAGGCCUCAAAGACAGAGACGGGAAGUGCAUGAAGACGCCCACAUGCGAGGCAGCCCAAUUCUGAAACGAAGCCCUGACAUCACCAAAUCGCCUCUGAUGAAGUCGGAGCAGCUGCUGAGGAUAGACGACCAUGAUUUCAGUAUGAGGCCCGGCUUCGGAGGCCCUGCCAUUCCUGUUGGUGUGGACGUACAAGUGGAAAGCCUGGACAGCAUCUCAGAGGUGGACAUGGACUUUACAAUGACCCUGUACUUGAGGCACUACUGGAAGGACGAGAGGCUGGCCUUCCCCAGCACCAACAACCUCAGCAUGACAUUUGAUGGCCGGCUGGUGAAGAAGAUCUGGGUCCCUGACAUGUUCUUCGUACACUCCAAGCGCUCCUUCAUCCACGACACCACCACUGACAACGUCAUGCUGCGGGUGCAGCCGGACGGGAAGGUGCUCUACAGCCUCAGGGUUACAGUGACGGCAAUGUGCAACAUGGACUUCAGCCGCUUCCCCCUGGACACGCAAACUUGCUCCCUGGAGAUUGAAAGCUAUGCCUACACGGAAGACGACCUCAUGCUAUACUGGAAAAAGGGCAAUGACUCCUUAAAGACGGAUGAGCGGAUCUCACUCUCCCAGUUUCUCAUACAGGAAUUCCACACCACCACUAAACUGGCUUUCUAUAGCAGCACAGGCUGGUACAACCGUCUGUACAUCAACUUCACGCUGCGGCGACACAUCUUCUUCUUCUUGCUCCAGACCUACUUCCCGGCCACCCUGAUGGUCAUGCUGUCCUGGGUGUCCUUCUGGAUUGACCGCAGAGCUGUGCCCGCCAGAGUCCCCUUAGGGAUCACAACGGUGCUGACCAUGUCAACCAUCAUCACUGGCGUGAAUGCCUCCAUGCCCCGCGUCUCCUACAUCAAGGCCGUGGACAUCUACCUCUGGGUCAGCUUUGUGUUCGUGUUCCUGUCGGUGCUGGAGUAUGCGGCUGUCAACUACCUGACCACGGUGCAGGAGCGCAAGGAACAGAAGCUGCGGGAGAAGCUGCCCUGCGCCGGCGGGCUGCCCCCGCCCCGCGUGAUGCUGGACGGCGGCUACAGCGACGCCGAGGCGACGGAGCUGGACGGCUACAUGGCGGAUGCGGACCCCGGGGAGAAGCCGGACCGGAUGAUGGUGCAGCUGAGCCUGGCCUCGGAGCGGAGCUCGCCGCAGAGGAAGGGCCCGCGCGGCUACGUGAGCAUGCGCAUCGACACCCACGCCAUCGACAAGUACUCCAGGAUCUUCUUCCCCGGGGCGUACAUUCUAUUCAAUUUGAUAUACUGGUCGAUUUUCUCAUAGAUGCCUGUAAUUCUAUGAAUCACCUUUUUCGCGGUAUGCACCACAGGAAUAUCUGUGUAAUGAACAAGAAUUUAAAGAUAGAUUAAAAGAAAAUUCCCAGUACCCACCUGGGGUUCCACCGUCCCGCUCCAGCUUGCCAAAGCUAGGCUGACAAGACACUUGUUGGCUUAAUUUGCAUUUAUUAAACAUCUGUUGUACACCCAGCAUUAUAUUACAUGCUGCAGGAAUAUGACACUGUGGCAACUGACGUUGUGACCCAGAUCCCUGGAAGCACCACACCACUGGUGUCUGGGGCCGCGCUGUAGUUCAGCCUGUAAGGCCCUGGAUCUGCUCACGUGAAUGAUUUCCUUUACGUGCGAGUCAUUAUAUUCUUCAGACUAGAUGGACUCCAGAAGCAGCUAACAUUCAUUUGCACCCGAGUCCCAGUAUGGCAGGAACUCAUGCUUCAGUUUAUACUCUAUUACCUAUUUUUUUUAUGCAUCUCUCCAUGUUUAAUAAAAGGCAAUAACAUUCACUUACAUGCUGCAGUUCACAAGAGUUCAUCUGUUCACAAGAAAAACACUUUAGAUUAGUGCAAUUGUUUCCAGUUUUGGUGGAAAUUUCCCUAGUAGGGAAACUUUGGAGAUAAGAACAUGUGCAUGCUUUUUGUGUUUUGUCAUGGAGAUAACCAGGCUAGAAAACGUGUGUUUAAGUGUUUCCUGUUUUACAAUCACCACUUCAUGUACCUCCACCUUGGAGCAUAUCCCUGAAGUCCUUUGUCAGUGAUAUGAUCGCUUCACUGAGGAACUUGAAAAGAGAAUGAUUUCUCCUGUAUGAACAAGAUUCCAAGGAAAUUUGAAACCACAUGUAACUCACAAUAAGAAACACUCACGUGGUUUCUUAAAAGAACAGCAAAUAGCAAUAGAACUGGGAAAAUAUCAUUGAACAUCUCCAUUCAUACCGCUGAAUACCAACAUUUUCCAUGAAACAGGCAGAAGGAUGGGCCUGAGUGAGGGCAUGGGAUAAAGGAGAGGUUCUAAUUCGAUGCAGUAGUUUAAAAUGUUAUUCA